CCUGCCACCCCCUCCGGCUUCGAGGAUGGCAUGCCCUCGUCCCAGUAUCCCUGGGCCAUCGUCUGGGGUCCCACGGUGUCAGAUGAAGAUGGAGGGGACACAAACUCGGCCAACCCAGGCUUCCCACCGCUGGGAUACACCUUUGUCUCACCGCACGGCAUAGCGACGGCACAGCCCAACUCCCACUCGCUCUUGCACAACGCGGGGCUCAACCUGCGUGAGACCCCGGCCACCCUGCGGCCCUUCUUGUUUGGGCCCCGGGGAGAAGGUGUGGACCCCCAGCUCUACGUCACCAUCACCAUCUCCAUCAUCAUUGUCCUGGUUGCCACUGGGAUCAUAUUCAAGUUCUGCUGGGACCGUAAUCAGAAGCGUCGGCGUCACUCGGGGCAGCAGAGCAGUGGGAGGCAGCAGGAGAGCCAGCAGCCCCUCACGGACCUCUCCCCCACCACCGUCAGCAUCCUGGGGCCGUACGGUGACUCCUUGGUCCCCACACCUGAGGCAGAGGAGUCCAGGCAGGGCCAAGAGGGUGUGGAGAAACUGGGUGGCCAUGGGAAGAAUGCAGCCUUCCAGCUCAACCGAAUCCCACUGGUGAACCUGUGA